AAUUGAUAGGUGCCAAAUUCCGUAAUCCCAGAGCAUAUGAUUCCGGAGAUGACACGGGGCAUGGAACACAUACCUCGUCCACCGCAGCUGGGAACUUCGUCAGUCAUGCCUCAGCCCACGGCCUCGGCAGGGGCACAGUGCUCCACAUGCACACUUGGCCAUGUACAGGGUGUGCAUAAUUCUUGGGUGUGCAUCCUCGGACAUAGUUGCCGGGUUAGAUGAAGCCGUCAAGGAUGGUGUUGAUGUGCUUUCACUCUCCCUCGGCCCCUUUUUUGAUGUCAACUUCACUGAUGAUCCGGUUGCCAUUGGCACAUUCAAUGCGGUAGCAAAGGGUGUUGUUGUCGUGGCUGCAGCUGGUAACAACGGGCCAAGGUCCUUUAUUGCCAACUCUGCACCAUGGUUGCUCACAGUUGCAGCUGGCUCGGUGGACCGAAGCUUCCAGACCGUUGUGCAGCUUGGCAACGGCGAGCACAUCAGUGGGGAAGCUUUCAAUCAGACCGCGAACUCAAGCUCCAACUCUGCUCCUCUGUAUUGGAACAAACACUGCAAGUCAUCAUUGGCUGGAAGAAAUGUGUCUGGCAAAAUUGUGAUUUGCCAUAACACAGGACCAAUGAAUGACACAGGGUCAGCAAUCAACCAGUCUGACAUCAGUGGCAUCAUGAGUGCCGGGGCGGCUGGCAUAGUCCUGAUCAACAGGAAAGAUGCUGGCUUCACCACCCUUCUGGAGGAUUAUUGCAGUGAUGUUGUGCAGGUGACCGUGGCUGAUGGCAACGAUAUCAUAGAGUAUGCAAGGGCAACAAGCAAAGCCAGUGCCAAAGUCAUAUACAAGAACACUGUGCUUGGUGUCCGUCCAUCUCCCACUGUCGCGGCAUUCUCAUCCCGCGGUCCCAGCACGUUCAGCCCCGGUGUGCUAAAGCCAGAUAUAUUAGCACCCGGGCUCAACAUCAUUGCUGCAUGGCCACCACUCACCAUUCUUGGAUCUGGGCCAUUCAACAUUAGAUCAGGGACAUCCAUGUCGACUCCACAUGUCAGUGGAAUCGCUGCGCUUGUCAAGAGCUCCCAUCCUGAUUGGUCUGCUGCUGCUAUCAAGUCAGCCAUCCUCACCACAGCUGAUAUCACGGACAGCGCUGGUGGCCCGAUCUUGGACGAGCAGCAUCAGAGGGCAACCGCGUAUGCCAUGGGUGCUGGCCAUGCCAAUCCUAUAAAAGCUAUUGAUCCGGGCCUUGUGUAUGACCUUAGCAUCACUGAAUAUGCUGGCUACAUAUGUGCUCUCCUCGGUGAUCAAGGCUUGGCAACCAUUGCGCGUGACCCGACGCUGUCCUGCAAAAUGCUUCCCAAGAUACCAGAGGCACAGUUGAACUACCCAUCCAUAACAGUGCCACUCAGGUCAAGGCCAUUAACGGUGAACAGAACCGUGACAAAUGUGGGGCCAAUAAAUUCAGUAUACACACUGAAGAUGGAGGUUCCCAAGUCUCUCACAGUGCGAGUCUACCCAGAGACGCUGGUCUUCUCCAAGGUUGGACAAAAGAACACAUUCAGCAUUACUGUGAGCAGGCAUCGCAGUGUCGGGUCAAAGGCCUUGCAGGGAAGUUUGAGCUGGGUGUCCAAAAAACAUGUUGUGCGUAGUCCGAUCGUGGCUUCUCCUCUGUUGUAAUCAGGAAAAGCAUGUGUGACAUAUGACGUUGGAGAAUCGCACAUGUAAUAUUGUAAUUAGGGAAAUGACUGUCUUUUAGUUAGAAGUGUAUCCAUGCCUGUAAAAUAAUUGAUGUUUGGACGUUUAGCAUCCAUUGCUGUCACAAUUCUUUUCUGAAUUAUUUUUCCUUUUCCCAACUUAUCAACAGUGUUUGCUGCAGGUAGUAGAUCACCAUUGAGAGGUGCUGCUUCUAAGGUGUAAAAUCCAUCCAGGUACCUAAACCUACCCUUUCCCUCAUAUGGGUAUAUGCCAUUGCUACCUCCAGAUUUUUUAUCUGCGCUAUUGAUGAUAUACUUUCUGCUGAUAUGAGCUAUUGAUGAUAAACUUGCUCUUUUUUUGUUUCCUCUACAUUAGUUCCUUUCAAUGCUUAGGUUCAGUUGGGCACUAAUGACUAUUUCGGGUGCUUUGAAAUUAGAUUUUGAUGAUAUUAAGGUCAUCAUCAAUCUACAUGAACAAAGGAGAGGUUUGCCUGAAUACUCGUAGCUAAAUUGGUUUUUCUCCCUGUGUUUCUUUUCUGGUCCUUUUUUGUCUUUUGCAGUUCGUGUAUAUAUGUUCCGAAGCUAAAUUGAGUCUUGACUUUUAAGAAGAAAAAUACAUCGUUGCAGUAAUUGUACAGUUUAAACCUAUUAGUUAGUGUUGUAAGCACAUGUAUUAGUGAGUCAGUUUAGAGCUUGUACUAUUAGUUGUGCAUGUUAGCUCACUCCCCUGUCUCAACCCGGAGCCAGGCACCGAGUUAGACCUUGCCAACACACGAUCUCUUCUUCCUCAACUCCUCUGCUUUCUGCCUCCAGGUCCAGGUCGCUCUCCUCAGUGGUGCUACAUGAGUGAAGAUUUAUGUUUGCUACUGGAUCUGAAAUCCUUCAUCUUUGCUGAUGCUAUUCCCCUAUUUUCCCCCAUCACUUGACACUCUGAUCUCCCUGAUUUUGGUCUCUGGUUUUUGAAAUGCAGAUAGUGGCCGCAGCGUUGCCGCUGGACGGCACACUGGAGCUCGAGUAUGCAGCCACGACAGAGCUGCUCGGACAUCACUGUAGGUUGAUGUUCUCUAUCACUCCUGAACACCUUGAACUCUCCUCUACUUGAUCUAGAGGUUUCUGGGACCUAAAAUGCUCUUGUGUGCUGAGACAAAAUCCCCAACUCCCGCCUUUAAACCCAGCAUUUAUAUUAGGCCUAAACCCAUAAUUUAUACUGAUGUUUAACUCAAAUUCCCACCUCAAUGGUUUCUGCUAUAAAACUGAGGUGAUGGUGUCGUUAAGUCCUAAGUAUUUACUUGCCUUAAAGCAUUUCACUAUUUUCUUCAUGUCGCCAGCUUUUUCCGUUAAUGAAACCGUUGUGGUGACAUGGGAUUUGUGCUUGUACGUGAGAAAAGAAAAAUGAUGGCAUGAAGAAAAACACCUUUCUUUGAUGCAAUUGCUCCUUUUUGUUCUUGCUUGCUGGCUUUGUCUCUACUCUGGAUGCAAUUGCUUCUUUAGGCAUGCUUCUCAGCUCCUCCCCCUCCCAUGGCAGCCAGCAUUGGUGGUCUCUCAGGUUACCACCUCCUUUGGUUCUUGUUUUUUUUAAUUGGGAAAGAGAAGUGGAGACAGUGGGAAGGGGGGAACUGCGGCCAGGUGAAUAUCUUUAUUCUUAUCCCUCCUCCUCGAGCAAGUAUACCUUUUAUUUUCUUUCCCAAAAAGAGGGUAAAAGCCCCCGGUAUCGAUUGAAGCAAGUUAUCCCAUACCUUGGUCUAGAUGAUCCUUUCAUUCAUUGGUUGAGCUACUAUGCUUACACUAUUCGAUCUGUUAAAAACAGUAACCCAACGGAGAGAGCCGUAGGUUUAGUUUUCACUUAUGGCAGUUGAUGUGCUAUGUUUGCUGAUGUGCAUUUUUUUCAUGCUAUGCAUGCUCUCCAUUGAUAUAACAAAUCCAUUUCUAUUAUUUACAUAAUUCUUUGCUAACAGUUUGAACAUAGUUUUUCCAUUGAUAGGGAUUUGCUGCCGAAUGAUCAGUUGUCGCUACAGAUUUGUAGGUUUAGUUUACUAUUGUACUAUGCAGUAUGAAAGCAGUGUAAAUAAGUUAGCUGUGAUAACCACUAUGGCCUGCUUUUGGUAUAUGAACAACGAUGCUUUAGGUGUCUGAUGCUACAUUAUAUGAACCUCUAAUAGGAAUCGUCACUAUCAGAAGCUGCAUGGCCAGUGUGUCUACCUCUUGCUGAACUGGCACAUGAAUAUCUGUCUUUAGUUAUAUCAUACUGCAUUUUUAGUGACAUGCUCAAAAGAUGUAAUCAAUUGAACUACUACUAUUAGUAAUUGUUUGCUUCCUCAUGUUUCUUUGAGAAAUCCUAAUGUUGAGUCAAUGGUCUCAAUAAUUCCUUUUAUGUGUUUGUUGUUACUCUAACUUUGCAUCAUGUGUAUGCUACCGGCCUGGAUGAAACUGGACCGGGUGGGUGGGGUGCGGCAAGCUGCACUGCCUAUCUAGUACUACAUAAUUACUGCACAAUUCUCAGCCUGAACUCUCUUUACAUUUGACAGACUAGUUGUUGCUAAUAUUUUGUUGGGAAUGACAGCAAGUGUGGGCGAAUCAAGAACCUCAGUGAUAGUAUAAUUUGAUUUCCGUGCUGUUCUUCUGAAUACAAAAAUCUUAGACGAGGCAGAUGUAACUAUCUUUGUUCAUGUGUGGACAGUACACCUUCUGUAUAUCUGAACAGUGGCAUCAAGCAUAAGUAGUACUAGCGUCUGUUUUUGUCUAUCCUGAAAAGUACGACAUGCUUCUGAUUUUAGCCACCAUAUUGGGCUCGAUAGCCUAGUAUACCCGAUCGAGCAAAUCUGUGACGAUUCUGGUGAAGAACCCACUUGCAGCAGGUCUGUCAGUGGAAAUAGCGUGCAAGACCAUAUCCACUAUCUUGGCAUCAGCAUGCAUUCCGAGUCGCGGGGAUCAUGCAGGAUCGUCACGGAUGACAAUAUGCUCAGGUACAAAGUUGGCACUGUAGACGGCGCUAUUGUCUUCUCGAAGCAGCCUGGUUUAUCAGUUGAUCAGCUACUCAGUGCACAGUAAACAAGCUGAAGAUUACAUGGAUUUGUUUUUAUGGUUCUUUUCUGCCAAAGUACAAUAUUCUUGUUGGCAAUCAAAGCACUAUCUCAUGUAUAUAUACACGCGUUAUCCUGGCUGGAUUAAAUUAUCAUAGCUGAGGGUGUAUUUCUGAAA